AUUGAAGGUUACCAUCUAUUCAUGUAUAUUAUAUAGCCGGCGUGAUGAACUAAAAGUACGUUUAAAGUGAAGUUUAUCAAUAAAAAAAAGAAAUUGCUGGUGUAGGAAAGAGUAAUGGCACAAAAAGGAAUCCUUAAUGUAAUUCAAAGGUUGGGAUAUGGUUCGAAAUUGCCGUUGCAGAUUGGAAAUGGGGUAAAGAAUCGACGUGCGUUGAGUAAUCACUUUUGGAGUGGAAGGCCACAGAUUUCUGCGCCAUUGGCUACUUUUAAACAAAAACUGGAAUACCAACAAUAUGGAAGGUUUUUCGCAACAGAAAAUACAGGAAAGGCGUCAAGCCCAGAAAUUUUGUCAAAACUCUUCCCGCAAACCGCGGCUAAUGUUGAUGAGGAGACUGAAAGAGAAAGGAAACGGAAAGAGGAGGAAGAGGCAAAGGAAAAUGAAAAGGCUUGGAAACGUAUGAAGAUUGGAUUUGCAGUGUUCGGAGGAAGUGGUAUUGCUCUCGUCGUUUGGGCUGUGUAUGAGUUCGGGAAGCCGGAGAUAGAUGCUGAGGGACAAAUUAUUGAAGAUGAAUUUAGUAAAAGUCCAGUUGUUCAGCAGUACAUUCAAAGAAUGUGGCAGUCUAUGAAUUACUAUCAAAAGAUGAUUCAAGAACCAUCACGGGAAAAACUUUUGCCUGACCCUCUGAAAUAUCCCUAUGUACAGCCGCCAUAUACAUUAGUACUUGAAAUGAAAGAUGUUCUAGUACAUCCUGAUUGGACAUACCAAACUGGGUGGCGGUUUAAGAAACGUCCUGGGGUAGAUCAUUUUCUACAAGAGUGUGCAAAGCAUUUCGAAAUCGUCGUAUUUACAGCAGAACAAGGAAUGACAGUUUUCCCAAUAUUGGAUGCUCUAGACCCGAACGGCUACAUCAUGUACCGCUUAGUACGCGAUGCCACUCAUUUUGUUGACGGGCAUCAUGUUAAAAAUCUAGAUAAUUUAAAUAGAGAUUUAAGAAAGGUGAUUGUUGUGGAUUGGGAUCAAAAUGCAACAAAAAUGCAUCCCGAUAAUACAUUCAACAUUGCAAGAUGGCUGGGCAAUGACGACGACUCGCAAUUGCUUGACUUGAUUUCAUUUCUGAAAUUCCUUGCUUCUGCUGAGGUGGAAGAUGUUCGUGAUGUUCUGCACUACUAUCGGCAAUUCGACGAUCCUAUCGCUCAAUUUCGAGAGAAUCAGCGGCUUUUAUUAGAGCAAAUGCAAGAGAGAGAACGAGAAGAGCAAGCAAAAUCCAAACCAAUGGUUAAGAAAUGGACUCCAAGUUUUCUAGGACGCUCGUCAUAAGCAGCUAACACUAGAACGUGCUUUUAAUCAUUGUUAUGCAUAAUUUUUAUUCAUUAAAAUGAAAAGUUUUCCUUAUUUAAAA